AUGUCUCCAAGAGCUGUCCAAAGUUCUCCCAAGCUUUCUAUUACUCUUCUACUAGAGCUCUCAAGCCUCUCCCUUUAUUUCUCUCAUGUACAAUGUAACCUCUUCAAAUACAAAUACAAAGCUAUAAACUAUAGUGGAUGUAGCCCCAUUAUGGGUACAAACUCGCCCGUUAACAAAGAGUAUGGCUGGCAAGAGGGAUUCUGGAUUAGAACUCUAUCUUCCUCCAAGACAAGAAGGUGUUUAGAUGAGGUAACGAGUAGACAAUUUGUUUGUGCACAUGAAGGGAAAUACGUGCCCAAAAAUACAUCACAGAAGGCUUCAAAAGAGAAUGAUGAAAGAGACAUAAGUGAGAUUGAGAAUAUGAAGAGAACAGGUAAAAAUUAUUCUACGGGGAAAUGUGGAUGCAAAGCAAGUAUGCGAAUUAAGCUUGAUAGAUGGUCAAACAAAUGGAAAGUUUCAAGUUUCCAAGACUCUUACAAUCACAAGCCAAUCACACCAGAAAGAAGAAUGAAAAUGAAGUCAAAUAGGGUUAUGUCGAAAGCAGCUAAAAUUUUGACUGAAACAUUUCAUGAAGAAAAUUUGCCAAUUGCAAAAGUUCUUUCAAUCCUUGGUGGCCCGCAUAUUAGUUUUAACAAUAGAGAUUGUUAUAACCACUUGAGAAAUGUUCGGCAUAGACAACUAGAUGGAGGUGAUGCACAGUCAGUCCUUACUUACUUCAGGAAGAAGCAAGUUGAGAAUCCUCAAUUUUUUUAUGUCAUUCAAUGUGAUGAAAAUGGAAGGGCAACUAAUUAUUUUUGGGUGGAUGCUCAAUCGAUAUCACGCAUGGCGUACCACCAUUUUGGAGAUGUAGUCAUAUUUGACACAACCUAUAGGACAAACAAGUAUGAUAUGCCAUUUGCAUUAUUCAUAGGAGUAAACCACUAUUUGCAAUCAAUACAAUUUGGAUGUGCACUUUUACAAGAUGAGACAGAGGUGACAUUUUUUGUGGUUGUUUGA